GCGGUAUUUUUUUGGUGUUUAUUGAGAAGCUGUUUACCAGCGGGCAGGAGCCAUGACCGCAUUGUCUCUGUUUACAGUGGUCUUGCUGGCUUGGAUGGUGCGCCGCAGCCGCAGCUAUGUGAUCGUCAACUCCGUGUCCUGGGCAGUCACUAACCAGGAGGAGACGGUGUCCACCGAAAUCGACGAGGAGGACGGCGAAGUACUGCCCAACCGGCUCUUCCAGAGCAGCAGCAGCGGCGGCAGCAUCUGGAAAGCCUCCUACCCCGCCGCCGUCUACCAGCAGCAGCAGCAACCGCAGCAGGACGGCAUCGGAGAGUCCAGGGCCGUUGCCAGGCUGCAGAGUCACAAAGAGGCGCUCGGCUUCCCCUCCAGGAUGUUCUCCUACCGCAGAGAUGGGUUGAGUGUGAAGGGGGUCGGACAGCCACCCCCCGAGCCGCCUCAGCGGGGGAGAGCACGGAUCGCCCGCCACCUGCUCCACUCCAGUAACUGGGGCUUCCUGGCCACUUUCUCCACCCUGGACAAGAUAAAAGGACUGCCAUUCGGAAACAUUUUAUCGAUCAGCGAUGGCUCCCCAGACAACAGUACUGGUGUUCCAUUCUUCUGUGUCAGUCGAGCAGACAGAACAGCUACAGAUCUGAUGAACAAUCCCAGUGCUUCUUUAACAUUGUCAGAAACUGAGCCAAAUUACUGCAGGCAAAAUCUCAUUAACCCUGAGGAUCCGAGAUGUAGCAGGCUGACUCUUACAGGUCAAAUGGUGACUGUGUCCUCUGACGAAAUUGAAUUUGCAAAGCAAGCCCUGUUUUCAAGACAUCCAGUGAUGAAGAAGUGGCCUCCAGAACAUAAUUGGUUCUUUAUGAAAAUGAAUAUUCGACAAGUAUGGCUCCAGAACUGGUUUGGAGGGGUUGCCAAAAUCCCAGUAGAAGAUUAUUUCAAAGCCAACCCAAUGAGUAUUGAAUAGGUUCUAAAAGAGCACACCCAAGAGAAUAAAACAUUGUUUACAGUUUUUUGCAGGUGCCCAUUUUGUAUCUUUAGGCUGGAAAAGCUUUUUUCCGUUUUGGGCAUACCAGUUGGGUAUAGAAGGAACAUUUUAUUAAAAGAAGAUAUUUAUUGCUAUCAAGGCCAACACUGAUUGUCCAUCCCUAAUUGCCCUUGUGAAGGUGGUGAUGAACAUUUUUAAACCCCUGUGUAAUUCAGGUGGUGAGGGUACUACCGUGGUCUUGUCUGUUAAGGAAUUGUGGGAAUUGGAAGGACAUAUGGCAUGGUGUAAUAUGGCAACUUUGCCUCUUCUCCUUGCCAAUAUUUCUUGCUUAUGCUAUUACUAAUCGCAUUGAUGUGCUAGCCUGUGCUGCAAGGAAUGUGUUACUAUACCUCAACUCUGUAUUGUGUUAAAAUGCUAAAAAAGAUUGUGCUUUGGAACUGCUGAUUAUUUUAAUAAAAUCCUGCAAACGUUCUGCAGGAUUUCAAGUUUGCUUUUCUGCCUUGAGAUUAACCCAUGACAGCAUGCAGCUUUCAGAAUUUGAUUACAGAAUGUUGUGGCUUGAGUUAUUCUGCAUUAGUAUAUAUUGACAGUACUGCUUGCUGCAAAUAUUUAAAAUUUCAGGGCAAUACAUUAGUUUGUUGCAGCAAUUUAUGAUUGUUAUCAAAUGUAAUCUUGAAUUUCGAUAUAAUUAAUAAAAUGGGCCAUGUGAUCCCAGCAAUUUACUUGCCUGUCUCAUAUACAAAAACUAUGCUGUGCAGAACAGGUACAAACAAGAGAAUGUUCUGUAAAGCACUUGGUAUUUGUUGAAACAUUUAAAUGUUUGUGCCAGCAGACAUCCAAUGAUAAAGGAGUGGCCUCCAGUGGUUUCUGUCUACUGUGAGGCCAUGGCAUAAAGCCCUCAUCUAAAAUCUUUUUAAAUGUGCAGAGUGCUUUUGACUCAACUGCUCUUUCAGGUGCAGUUGCUAUGUUGAAUAAUCUGUGAUGAUUCAUCGUAAUUUGUAAUAAAACAGCAUGUUUCACA